GCCAAUCGGGUCUGAUUGUGCUCUCUGGUCUUGCUUUCUUACACUCAGCUCGUAUAUCUUUUGGUCUGAAGUCAUCGCCAGUGCUGUUGUGACUUUUCUCCGUCCUGGCUUCAUCUCUUGUUCUUCUUCUUCAGGCACUCCUCCAACGCUGGCAGCUCCCAAACACCACUCACCUUGAGCACCCUCAAAGCCGAAUUAGCAGUUCAAGCGUUGCAAACAUGAAGACUGUCACGCUAUUUGCCUUGCUUGCGGCAUCAGUCGUUUCAGUGUUUGCUGCUCCCAUCUCGUCUCCAGAUGUUGCUCAAGCCAUACGACGAGAUGGGCGGGGGACAGAGUUUGACACAGACCUUUGCCUUCUCAAGAAGCGGACGGGGGUAAUUGGCGAGGGGAUUGACAAUUGCGACAUGUAAGGAGGAUCUGGUUAUUGGAGCGGCAUUGCAGUGAUUUUUUUUUUCGGAUGGAUGGAUGUCGGGUCCGAGGAGGAAGAGGGGUGUCCAGUCACACAAGGGCAGCAAUGGUGGGGGACAAGCCUGUUCCUUCCGAAACAGUGCUGUUUCCCCGGGUUAGGUGUGAUUUAAGGCAGGCACGGAAGGAUUCGAGAAUAGUAAUCCCAUUGUAACUUCCGAAAGGGCUGACCUGAUGAGCGGGACAAGACUGGGCGGCUUUGGGUAUCAAGGGAAGGUCCAUCUGUGUGCAAUCAAUUGAACGAGACUUGAUGAUCCUUUCGGGUUCAGGUUGUUUAUCUAACUGCGCCGCAAAGAUAGACAAGUUCGCCCAGAGGCC